AUGUCUGACGCUGUUAUUUCUUACGCCUCUUUGAUCUUGGCUGAUGCCGGUUUGGAUGUCACUGCCGACAACUUGUUGACUUUGACCAAGGCUGCCGGUGCCUCUAUCGACAACGUGUGGGCUGAAACCUUCGCUAAGGCUUUGGAAGGUAAGGACAUCAAGGAAAUCUUGUCCGGUUUCCACGCCGCUGGUCCAGCUGCUCCAGCUGCUGGUGCCGGUGCUGCUUCUGGUGACUCUGAAGCUGCUGCUGAAGAAGCUCCAGAAUCUGAAAAGGAAGAAUCUGACGAUGACAUGGGUUUCGGUUUGUUCGAUUAA